AGAAGUAAGAAGCAAUUUAAAACUCUCUUGUCUUUCCCUUGCUCACAAGCCUUCCGAUGAUUUUCCUCCAUCAGUUACUUGCAGAGAUGGAUUUAUUAUCUGCCACAGUGGGUGCUUUAAUGGCUUCAUUCUGCUUUGUUCUCAUAUGCUUCUGUGUUCUGUUACUAAGAAUCUUCAUGGGUAAGUCACUGAAUCACCCUCAGUACCCUCCUGUAAUGGGCACCGUCUUCCACCAACUACUCUAUUUCAACCGUCUCUACGAUUUUCACACCGAUGCCGCUCGCAAGCAUCGAACCUUCCGUCUCCUCGCUCCCUCACAGAGCGAGAUCUACACUGUAGACCCUCGAAACGUCGAACACAUACUCAAAACCAACUUUGAGAAAUACAGCAAGGGGCACUACACCCAUGAAAAUCUUGGAGACCUCUUUGGUAAUGGUAUCUUUAAUGCUGAUGGCGACAAUUGGCGUCAACAGAGGAAGAUUGCAAGCUUCGAGUUCUCUACUAGGGUUCUCAGGGAUUUCAGCUGUGCUGUGUUCAGAAAAAGAGCUGCCAAAUUGGGUCAGGCUAUUUCGGGGUUUGCAGCCAUGAAUAAGAUCUUUGACAUCCAAGACUUGUUAAUGAGAUGCUCUCUGGACUCCAUAUUCAAAGUUGGGUUUGGGGUGGAUUUGAAUUGCUUGGAGGGUUCAAGCAAAGAGGGGAGAACAUUCAUCAAGGCUUUCAAUGAUUCAAAUCGAUUUAUAAUGUGCCGCUAUGCCGAUCCCUUUUGGAAGCUGAAGAGGAUUCUUAAUUUGGGAUCCGAAGGUGCUCUUAAGAAGAAUGUAAAGAUCAUGGAUAAUUUUGUGUUUGGGGUAAUAAGUAACAAGAGGAAACAGAUGUUCGAACAACAAAACGAGAACGACAAGGAGGACAUACUUUCAAGGUUUCUGGUGGAGAGCAAGAAAGAUCCACAGAGAAUGACCGAUCGGUAUCUCAGGGACAUAAUUCUAAAUUUCAUGAUCGCUGGCAAAGAUACUACUGCAGGCACACUCUCCUGGUUCUUGUACCUCCUCUGCAAGAACCCUCUGAUACAAGAAAAAGUUGCAGACGAAGUAAGAGAAGUCAUCAAUUGUAAGGAGAACGAAACUGACAUCGAUGCUUUCGUGGAGUGUUUAACUGAUUCAGCAUUAGAUAAGAUGCAUUAUCUCCAUGCGACCCUAACAGAGACUUUGAGACUAUACCCUGCUGUCCCCACGGAUGGGAGGUGUGCAGAAACAGAUGAUGUUCUCCCUGAUGGUUUCAAAGUGAAGAAAGGAGAUGAUGUGUAUUACAUGGCUUAUGCCAUGGGCAGGAUGACUUACAUAUGGGGAGAGGAUGCCGAGGAUUUUCGACCGGAGAGAUGGCUCGACAAUGGAGUAUUCCAAUUCGAUUCACCAUUCAAAUUCGUGUCAUUUCAUGCUGGCCCUCGAAUCUGUUUGGGGAAGGAAUUCGCUUAUCGGCAGAUGAAGAUAUUUGCCAUGGUCCUUCUUCGUUUCUUUCGGUUCAGACUAGCAGAUGAAAAGAAACAAGUAACAUACAAAACCAUGCUCACACUCCACAUCGAUGGUGGCCUCCAUCUUAAUGCAAUUCCUAGAGUUUUCUUUGACAAAUUCUGAUCAAUGAAGAACUAUUGUGCAUAAGAAUAAUUUGUACAAUUAAGCCUACCUAGCUAUGUCAUAUGUAAAUAGGCAAGGCUAAAACCCAAGGUAAAUUUCUCUUGAAGGAGCUGUGGAUAUGUAUAACCUCCUACUUGGUUU